GGCGCGGCCUGGCGGCCUGGAGGGACCGUGAGGGGACGUGUGCGGCCGCGCGCCGGUCACCUCAUCGGCGUCCCGCUCCUGGCCGGGCCUGGGUUCCUCCGCGGAGGACUCGGGGAUUCUGAGAGGGGAGGCAGGCGCCUUGGGGCCAGGCCGCGGAACUUGCGCCCGGCUUGUUCCCGCGCUGCGCGGCGCUGCGGGCCCGGGAGCCGUCCGAGGGCCGGUUGGCUGACUGGACAGAACCGAGGGAAAGAGUCAGUGAACUUGACGGCAGGGCGGUAAACACGACGCGAACUGAAACUCAAAGAGAGUGACAACAUAGGUUCCGAGAACCGCGGGGACACUGCCUGAGCUCAACGUACUUGUAUUUGAGAUGUCCGUGGAAGACGAGAGAGAAGGGGGCUGAAGAAGAAAUGUAUGAAGUGAUAAUGGUUAAGGAUUUUCCUAAACUACAGAUACUAAGCCACAGAUCAAACUGCUUAGUGCAGCACAAGCAAGAUAAAUGGCGUGUGAGACAGAGCGAAACCCCCUGGGUGUGUUCAAGUGCCAGCUCUGUGCCUUAACAGCUCCAUACAGCUACAAGGGGCAGCAGCCCCCUGACAGCCAGUCUGUCGUCCUCCUGGAGGAGAGCUACGUGCUGAGGGACCCCUUCACCCCCGACAAGGGCAGGUUCCUGGUCGUCGGCUCGAGGUGCAGCAUGUGCAGCAGGCUGGUGUGUGUGGGCCCGGUGGGUCUCACCCAACCAGUCCCACGGCCUGCGGGCUCCGGCCCUGGCUCAUUUGCCCCCACUGCCCUCCUGGAGGCCCACUGGCUCUUCUUCUCUUACAUGAGGACCACCCUCCUGGAGGAAUGCAGUUUAUUCUACUCCAAGAGAUUUUGCCUCCCCUGUGUCCAGGACAACAUGGAUGCUUUCCCUCAGGAAAUCCAGCAAGACUUGGAGAAAAAGAAAGUCCCCUCCACGAGGCCUGCCAGCCAGCGCAGUUCUCGACCAUGAGUGCAGUCGGGUACCAGGUCCGCAGCGAUGCCCACCUGGGGCUCGUGCCCACGUGGGCUUCCAUGGCCCACGUCAGAGACGGGGCCGAGAUGGAGCCGCUGUGCCGGCCUUCUUCCUGGGCCACUGGGAGCCGUGUCUGCAGCCCGGAGGGGCUGGGGUCUGCCUGCAGCAGCACCAGGGUCAGGAGCUGGCAGAGACGGCGCCCAUAGCCAGACCCCAGAUGCCAGCGCUCAGGGACCGCAGCCGCCCACCCUCACAGCCCCCAGCUUAACAGCUGGUGAGACGCUGACCAUGGGCUCGCCCUGUGCCCCCAGUCCUUAGAGGGCAGAGCUGCUCCUGUCCUAGUCUGUAAGUUCUGCAGGGCCAGCGCACACUGCCUGGGGGUGAUAGAGACAUGUCUGAUGAGGGGACGAAUAAAGAGCUUUUACUGAC